ACAUCUAUAGGCCACAAUACACAACGUUCGAACACCAGUGGUCCAUCUGAGACACCGUGACAGCAAGCAAAGAACUAAAGGCAAAAAGGUCCAAGUGAAUGUCUUCAAGUACUGCAAAGCAUCAUGCACCACCGACUACUUUGACUGCAUUACAAAUGCACCAGGUCACAUUUUUUACUACACUGAACGUAAUGCACCACAACACUUUUUACUAUAUUGAACGCAUCACAAAUGCACCAAGUCACUUUUUUUACUACAAUGAACGUAAUGCACCACAGCACUUGUUACAAUAUUGAAGGCAUCACCAAAUGCACCAGGUCACAGUUUUUACUAACACUGAACGUAAUGAACUACAGCACUUUUCUCUCUCUUUUUUUGUAUAUGAAUGCACAAUGCACGUGGUCACUGCUUAAAUGUUUAUACCUUGAACACUUCUUCUUCUCCUCCUCACAGCGACGUUCUUGGUCCGCCGCCCGUUCUCGUCGCAGUCGGCCACCUGGUGCGCCCAGCCGCAGUUGUACGUCUCCGGGUUGUAGACGGAGCCUCCGCUGCAGGAGUACAUGGUCGGGUAGCCGUUGUUGCACUUGUAGUAGAUGGAGCAGUCGGUCUUGUGGCGGCCAGUGUACGAGUCGCAAUCGGGUCUCAGGUGUAUUUGUCCACAGUUGCCCAGGGUUGGGUUGAAGAAGGUUCCCCCAGCACAAAGCAUCUUGGUUGGCAUACCGUUGAUGCACCAGUAAUACAGACGGCAGUCAGUCUCGUGACCAUAGAAACCGUCAUGGUAUGGGCACCGGAAGUUGGUGUGAGUCGGCACCCUGUGGUGAUCUGA